UUACCGACGACAGCUUUACGGUAUAGGGCAGCGGCCAGAGAGGAUGCUACUGAGAAUGAUUGUGGUGAAGAUGAUUUUAUGGGGGAUCUAGCGGGUUCGUUUCCUAUUUCUUCAGCUUACAACCUCUGGACGGCGCGUUGUUUGUACCAGACAACAUAUGCGCCCGGAUGCGCCUGGAUACAUUGUCCGGAGAGGAGCAUGUAACCGGGAGUCACGCACCGGCGGCGGCGGCGGCACCACCACCUGACUCUCCUUGUCUCCUCUUUAUUUGAGGCUUCUGGAUGUGUUGACUGAAACCCUGCUCCUGAUUUUGCCUAUUUUUUUAUUCAGCAAAAUGAGCGAAGAAAUGUCAGAGGUUCCUAAAGAGCUGCUGGAGAGUGUGAGGGACGCGGUGGGGAGAAAGGUGAAGCUGUCGCUGAGGAAAAGAGUCAAACUGGAGAUCAAAGGAGACAAGACGGAGAACAGAGUGUUGGCCCUUGCGUCUCACCGAGCCUACCUCUUGACAGCUCGCAUUCCUGCCAAGGUGGAACACUCCUUUAACUAUCUGGAGAUGCAGGGGGUUUCUUGUAACAAGCCUACACAGCUGUUGUUAGAGUACGAGCGGGGCUCUUUCUCCCUAAAGCUGCUCUCUACAGAGGAGGUGAAUGAGGUGGUCGCCCAUAUAGGAAACUGUCUGCUGAGGAUAUGUCCCGGUCUACCACCAAGUAAAGUGAUGAAGAAGCUUUGCAUGGAGCCUCCAGACAGGCUGACCUCUCUGCAGACUCUGUGGGAGAACAACAAGACGGCUGAACCUGGGCCCUGUGGUGGGUUUUCACAGCUGUACAGAUGUGUUUGUGACUGGUUGGGGCUGCCUUACAGAGAAGAAGUGCAGUGGGAUGUGGAUACUAUCUAUUUAACACAAGACAGCAGAGAGCUCAACCUACAGGACUUCAGCCAUUUGGAAAACAGGGAUCUGGUGGCUAUAAUAGCAGUCCUGGAGUUUAAUCAGUGGUUCACCAAGCUCUCCACCAAGGACUACAAACUAUCUGCAGAUGUGUGUGAGCAGAUCCUUCGGGUAGUGUCUCGAUCCAGUCGACUUGAAGAGUUGGUUCUGGACAACGCAGGACUCAAAACUGAUUUUGCCCAGAAGCUAGCAGCUGCCCUGGCCCAUAACCCCAGCUCAGGACUCACCACCAUUAAUCUUGCCAACAACCCGCUGGAGGACAGAGGUGUCUCCUCCCUGGGUGCCCAGUUUGCCAAACUUCGUAUUGGGCUCAAGCAUUUAAACUUCUCCAAAACCUCACUAUCACCCAAAGGGGUGAACAGCCUUUGUCAGUCACUGAGUGCCAACCCGUCCAUCCCCAGCAGAAUGGUCCAUCUGGACCUCUCAGGGAAUGUCCUCCGAGGAGAUGACAUGCAGCAUUUCUACAACUUCCUGGGUCAACCCAACAGCCUGGCCAUCCUUGACCUCUCCAACACUGACUGCUCAUUGGACCAGGUUUGCUCGGCUCUGCUGCGAGGUUCGGUCCAACACCUCUCUGUUCUCAACGUGUCAAAGAGUGUCUUCCCUCACAGGAAAGGCAAAGAGGUGCCUCCAUCAUUUAAGCACUUCUUCAGCAGUGCCAUGUCUCUCAGCUCCAUCAAUGUGUCAGGAACCAAGCUGCCACCAGAGGCCCUCAAAGCUCUCCUGCUUGGCCUGGCCAGUAACAUCAACCUGAAAGAUGUUUCUUUAGACCUCAGCUGCUGUGAGUUGCGUUCAGGAGGUUCUCAGAUCCUUGAAGGUUGUAUUGCAGAGAUCCCAAACAUCUCCAGCCUAGACAUCUCUGACAAUGGCCUGGACUCAGAUUUGGCCACACUGCUGGUGUGGCUGGCCAAGAACAGAUCCAUCCGACAUCUUUCCCUGGGGAAGAACUUCAACAACAUCAAGUCCAAAAACCUCGCCCCAGUGUUGGACAGCCUGGUCCAUAUGAUUCAGGAAGAAGAGUCGCCCCUCACCUCACUGUCCCUCGCAGACUCCAGAUUAAAGAGUGACCUGACCAUCGUUUUGAAUGCUCUGGGCAGCAACGCCUCACUCACCAGGUUAGACAUCAGCGGGAAUGCCAUGGGGGACAUGGGAGCCAAGAUGCUGGCCAAGGCGCUGCAGAUCAACUCCAAACUCAGGACUGUGAUCUGGGAUAAAAACAACACAAGCCCUCAGGGUCUUCAGGAUGUAGCAGCUGCUCUGGAGAAGAACUUUACCAUCCGUUUCAUGCCCAUCCCCAUCAUCGAUGCCUCCCAGGCUCUGAAGGCUGGCCCAGAGAAGACAGAGGACGCCUUACUAAGGAUUGAGAAUUAUUUGUACAGGAACCAUGAAACCAGAAAAUACCUACAGGAGCAGGCGUAUCGGCUGCAGCAGGGCAUUGUAACAACAACCACACAACAAAUGAUUGAAAGGAUUUGUGUGAAGGUGCAGGACCACCUGAACUCUCUGAGGAACUCUGAGACAGAUGCCAUCUUGGAGGACGUCAGAUCAGCAGAGAACCUCAUCAAAGAUGCCAGAAACUCUAAAACUCUGCUCCCUAACCUCUACCACCUGGGAUCAGCAGCCAGAGAGGAGGUGAACAGCUCGUCAGUAGGACCCAUCCAGGAGAAACUGGAGUCGAUGGCGGGGGAGGUGACGACCGUCAUGGACCAACAACUGCAGGCCCUGUUGGAGUCCAUGGUUGAUGCUGCAGAGUCUUUGUGUCCUCACGUGAUGAUGAGGAGUAAUCUACGUCCAGAGCUAAUGAAGGCCAGCUCAGCCAAGAUGGUUGUGCCCAAAAGCUUUGUGACCAAAACCCUUCUGGAGCAGUCUGGAGUGGAUAUUAUCAACAAGAUCAGUGAGGUGAAACUGAGUUUGGCCUCCUUCCUAUCCGAUCGCAUUGUUGAUGAGAUUUUGGAAGCACUGUCCUCUUCCCAACUUACCCUGGCUGACCACCUGGUGCGGCGAGGUCGCCCUUUGGUGCAGCAGGAAUCAGUAGAUCUGGAUGUUCCAGAGGAGAAGAUUCCUAAACGGGCAUCAACAGAGAUACUGGAGGCUGAGAGGCUGGAAGAUCUGGAGACAUGCAUGAUGACUCCUAAAUCCAAGAGGAAGAGUAUCCACAGCAGAAUGCUGCGGCCUGUGUCACGUGCCUUUGAGAUGGAGUUUGACCUGGACAAAGCUCUGGAGGACGUACCUAUGCAUGUUGAGGACUCUUCAUCUCGAACUCCCGCUACUCCCCCUACUCCAUCUCAAAUCCUGUCAAAACUGGAGCAACGUACACCGGGGGGGAUGGUGGAGCUGCCGUCUGAGGAGGAAAAGAAGCUGCAGCACUUCACCAAGCUACGACCCCGACGGAACAAGAAAAUGCAUUCUAGCAAAGUACCUCAAAUCAACAGUACUCCAUCUCAGGAUGGGGAGCAGAAUGGCCUCAUGGGAAGGGUUGAUGAAGGUGUUGAUGAGUUCUUCUCUACUAAAGUCACAAAGAUGGAUUCUAAGCGUUCCCUGAAGAGUUCAGAAUCUCAGGAUGGAGAGAAGAAGAAGAGUAAAGGAGGAUUCCUCAACCUCAUUAAACGUUCCUCCAAAUCAGAUAAAGCAGAUAAGUCUGAGAAAAACCCGCCGCCCCCUUCAUCUUCUGUAACCUCAACGCCAGCUCCUACAAUCCCUGAAGAGCCCUCCUCACCAAAGACGGCAGUAAGGAGCCCAGCACCGGAGCCAAAAUCCAGAGACGCCUCCAGCCGCUCGCAGCACACAGACUACAGCAGCAGCUCUGAUCGCUCAGAGGAGCUGAGGACUCCAGACUCCAUUGACGAGCCUUGGGAAAGCUCAGACGGUCGGGGCAGUCCUCAGGGAGGUCGACGGUAUCCAGGGUUACAGAUGAUGGGAAGUGGUCUGCUAGCAGAGAUGAAGGCCAAGCAGGAGAGGCGAGCUCACAAGUCUUCCAGCCCGGACAGGCCUGACAGCAAUGCAACAGCCAAAUCGCAGCCAACGGUUUCAGAGAGCAGGUCUUCUGCUGCCCCAAUUAAUAAAUCAGAACCUCGGACUGGCUCUCCGGAGAAUACCCCAUCUCGUGUCGAAGCCAAGCCAGAGCCGGCCCCUCGUCUCAGGGCUACGUCCUCCUCCAGUUCCCCUGGAGGACCAGUGAGUCCCAAACCACCGGUGCCACAGGGGGCAAAGCCUGCACUGGCUGCACGACCCACAAUCCCACAGAAACCAAGGAGCGCCAGCAGCAGCAGCACCAGGAGCCUGGAUGAGGGUCCAGAAUCACCCAGCAGUGGCAGCGUGUCUCCUAAAGCCUCAGCUCUUCCUUCAACUCUAAAGAAGAUUCAGACAGAGAAAGAGAAAGACGGACAGACCGGUCUACAGCCAGCAAACAAAACCACUCAGGACGUGAGGGCGGGCUCUGUGUCAGACUCUCUGCAGCGACCCAGCCCUCUCCGGACCAACUCUGAGGAUCACAGCUCUUUCAAGACCAAGGACCAAUCUCCAAACCGGGACAAGGACAAGACGGCGCGCAAAAAAUCCUCAGACUCUGGAGAGGAGGUGGACAAAGAGUUUAUUUUAAUAUGAGUGAGACAAAAUGGUUGAUAAGCCUCACCUUUAUAAAAUCAAACGUGGGGGGAAUAUGAUCAUCAUAUUUUCAUCUAUAUCAGAGGUUGGAUCUGUCAGACCUCAAAUUAUGAAUCACACUUGGUUUGCAGGAAGAUCUGCUGGAGUAUCAGGUAAUACAACACUUCAUACUGAAAUUAAUAAGGUUGUCAUUUAUAUGGUUUCUUUAUUUUACCGUUGGAGAAAUAUCCUCAAAUCAUUUUUCAGUUCUAAAAUGUCACCAAGUAAAACAAAACUAAGAGCUUCCUUCUCAUUUAAAGCCUCUUCACUUGUUCUGUUCCUUUUCUCUGCUGUCAGGUGAAAACAUCUCGCCUCUUAAGUAAUAAACUUUACAGGAUUUAAUUAAAUGGGCUUUGGGUUCGUUAAGCAUUGUUUUGUUUUUUUAACUUUAAAAAAAAAGACAUGAUGCUUUCAGGACACAGAACACUUUCUGUUCGAAUGGCACAGAGUGGGAGUCUGUGAUAAUCUUGCGUCUCGUUAAUUACUUCAGUUGCUGGUUUCACAGGGACCAAACACACAUCACACUAAAACCAGGAUCACUACUGUACUUGAACUCAAGCCAGAUAAGGACCCAGUGACAUUCUUCUCCUCUAAUAUAUUUAUGUAGAUUUUCUAUUUCAGUGCGUGCAAGUUACUUUUUCUGGAUUCCAGAGGUGACUGAAUCAUUAUGCAAUUCAUCUUUUGUUUUCAGGAUAACACAGGUCCAGCUGAGACUCUCAGCCUGCCAUACAUCACAAAUACACAUUUGAUGUAGCUUACCUGACAGUGAAACCACAGGUCACUCAGAGGAGACCGGCUGUCUGAAAACUGAAUUUACAGACUUCUCAAACAGCCUGACUGGACUCAAGUUUGUCCCUGUGUGAGGGAGUUGGAGUGACCAUAUGAAGUGUUGCUUUAGGAGGACUGUAGUGCACUUUUACUUUACUGAUAACCAAUGAAUAAGGCUUCAGCACUGUUAACUAACACUGUUCUCUGUGUUUAUACUUUGAUCUCAUGAAACCUUUAAACUGCAGAAGACUUUUUUUCACAUUGCUUUAGGGGGAAAGGGAGUAUGUGUCUGUCAUUACAGAGUGAAAUACAGAGUGACACUGUAAAUAUAAAUGUUACAGCUUCAUUUCUAGAUAAUACUUCUUUCAAUACACUUUGUCCCAAUGAUUUGCAUCAGUCAUACACACUCUGUACUGCUUGUAGAGACAGAUGGAUCCUCCAACAUGUUAUAUUGCCCUGGUGUGCUUAUUGUUCAGUGAAGGCAAAUAACUAACUUAGCAAGAGGAAUAUCAUGGAUAAUCUGGAAGGUCUUUUACUUCCUGUUUCAGGGUCUGAUUUGAUUUAGAAUAAGACAGAAACCUCUCUAGUCUUUGAGUAAAAGCAUGAAACUGACGGAACUCCUUCAAAUACUCUUCUCCUCAGGCUGCAGACUUGACCUUCAGGGCUUUCAAGUUCAAUUAACUUUACUUCCAUUCUGUGCAAGACAAGACAUUUCUCAGAAAAAAAAAACUGGUUGCAAUCAUAUUGGCAUAGUAAAAAACUAACGGGAAUGCAGCGCCUGAAGGGAAAGUGAAUCGCAUUUUCAGGUCCUGAAUGCUACCCAACAACAACAACAACAACAACAACAACACAGGUCUCAGGCUGUCCUCUUAUGUUUGUUUUUCAGAGCAAGAAAUGCCCUUUUCACACAUUCGCAAAGUCAGCAAACAGAAUCUCAUUUUUUUUAACUAAAAAUCAAAUCAUUGAUAGAUAUGGCUUGAAGAAAAAAAAUCACAAAUCUCAACGUAAAGUUAACGCCUUAAAGUGUUGAUGGUUGUCUUUGACAUAAAAACAUGCAGUUUUAGUUUGAAAGUAGAUUCAAACAGACGUUAAGCAUUUGUAUUAGAAAUACUGAAUAAAGAAAGUAAAUUCAUUAUAUUUUUUUAAUGCUGAAUAGCAUCAACAUCAAAGUCAUAACUAUGACUGGAAACUGUUUUGAAAUUUUCCUGAAAGAAGGAAAUACAUAUAAAUCCUUCACAGCAGUCUAACAAUCUUAGGAAACCAAAGCAUAAAGCAAAGUAUUUCUAACGCUUUAAUAAAAACAACUCUGCAGACCUACAGAUUGUUAUACAUUUUUUUCAUCCAUGCCAACAUCCUGCAUGAUGUCAUUAACACCCAUCAAACUAUUAUUUUAAGAUAUCAUCCUCAGUGGAAGGACGUCUUUGUAAUUGAUGUCUGUAUUAAACUGUCCUUAACAUUAACCUAAAAUCUGCUCUAACCUCUGCUCUUCAUGCGCUGUGUGAAAGGGGCACACCUUGUGUUUAACUGUACUGUACAAGUCUAAUUCAAGUCAGGACCAAAGGUCUCACUGGUGCACCUUUUCUAUGGUGUCUAUGGAUGUCUUUUUAUAGGAUUAUAAAAAACAUGACUUCCUUACUUCUUUGUCACUAAUAGGGGAAUGGGAAUAACACUUUUUCUGCUGCAAGUCUCUGAUGUCAACAACUACAUAUGUUUACUGUGCCACACCCAAAACUCAGACAUCACUUUUAUUUUAAAAGAUGUUGCAGGAAACAGAAAUAAACACUCCUAAUAGGUGUUAUUUUCUGUUGACAGUUAAUUUUUUUUCCUGAAAAUAAUCGAGUAAGGACAUCAUCUUCUUCCUUCCUUUGGUGUCAGAAGCCGCUGACAGUGUUUCUGUCAUGUUUAAAAAGACUGAUGAUGAUUUCCUGUGCUAGCCUGAUAAUUAGCACCCUUCUUUUCUCUCGCAAUGGUGCAGGGAGCUGAGAAAAUGAAGAAAAAAAAAAAAGAGUCCAGACUCCUGAGGCUUUGUGUGACUGCAUGAUGUAAGGUGUACUGUAUGUAUAUAUGUGUUUUCAUACACGUAGGAGUGUGCGUGUGUAUAUAUGUAUGUGUAAUAUACACACAUGUAACAUUCACACUGUGAUUCAACACGCCUAUGUGAAAGCAGCAGAUCCUUCAUUGUUUUGGUACUAAGUACACUACUUUACUAGGGGUUUGUUGAUAACUUAUUUGGAAUAAAAAACAGCGACCGUCUCAGUUUUUCCUGUUUUUUCUCUCACAUGUACAUUGUGUUCAUAAAUGUAGAAAUUAAUUCUUUGUAUGUAUUAAUUUGUUAUGACAUGUAAUCGAUUAAAUGUUACUUUCAUCAUGAUUCACAAAAAGAAAUAAUGCAAAACAACCACUGUUUUUCCAUGAGCCGGAAAGAAGCAAAAACACAAUGGACACGUUGCUUAUAAUUUGUUUCAUUGCCACGAUUAAUCAAUAUGUUUCUGCUGGUGUCAAACAUUUCUUUGUGCAGAUAUCAAAAUUGAUUAAAAUAAUUUUACAGGCUUCAAAA